AUGACACCGGCUUACCAAGCCAUCCCCGAGUACCUGUCCAACACCCGCUACGCCAACCCAACCGACUCUGCUCCAUUCAACCUGGCCUACAAUACCGACAUGCGAGUUUUCGAAUGGCGCAAACACAACCCCAAGAACGCCGAAGCAGGCCAAGCCUUCAUGGCCGCCCAGCGAAUGGGCCAACGCAGCGUCUGGGAUGGCCAGACAUCGGUAAAAGAGUUUGAGAUGUCGCCCGAGGACCUUCAGAAUGGACGGGUCAUGAUGUGCGAUGUGGGUGGCGGUCUUGGUCACCAAUGCGUCGAGUUCCGGAAGUACCGUCCGGACCUGCAGGGACGUAUUAUCACGGAGGAUUUGGAGCUGGUGCAGAAUAUGAUCAGCAAUCGUGAGGAGCUGAGCUCGAUGGACAUCAGCUUGCAGACCCAUAAUUUCAUGGAGGAGCAACCGAUCAAGGGAGCGAAGGUUUACUACCUGCGGAACGUUAUUCACAACUGGAAUGACGAGCCUUCAAAGACGAUUCUGUCGCAAAUCUCCAAGGCUAUGGCUCAGGAUUCCGUCGUUAUUCUGGACGAAGUUGUCAUGCCACACAUGGGAGCUUCAUGGAAGCAGACCAGUAUGGAUUUGGCAAUGAUGACAAUGUUGGCAGCAAAGGAAAGAAAGCAGGAUGAAUUUGAGAAGCUGCUCAAUGGUGCAGGGUUGACGAUCAGAGAAAUUCGAACUUACGACGAGGAUUACGGCGAUUCUUUGAUUAUUGCUGAGCUACUUCCGGCGAGGGUUGAUGAGAAGUUUGAAGAACCAGCAGCGGUAGUGGAGCAAUCUCCAGCGAGGGUCGAUGAGAAGUUUGAAGAGCCAGUAGCGAAGGAAGAGUCGCUUCCUGCGAUGGUUGACGAGAAAUCUGGAGAACCAGCAGCGGUGGUGGUGUAG